AUGACUGAGGAUAUAGGAGCACGAACGACGAGGAAAGCAAAGAAGCAAGGCACGAAAGAGAUCGACACUCAACCCUCGGCGACUCAAUCAACGCUAACCGGCACUGGCGAAGAAGCAAACGACCCACAAAGCGGAGCAGAGCACUUAAGUAACCGUACUCAACCCAUCAUUGACCUCUCCCAAGUCGAAGGGAGAGAAGAAUCAGAUGACGCAUCAAAAGAUGUCGAGAAAGAGGUGGAUCGAGAGGACAACACCAUCGAAGGCCAACUGACGAAGGGCAGGGAACUUCCAGAAACGCUGUCAGCCUACCGCAAUCUCCUCUCGUCGUCGGAAGAACCAGGUCCGUUGCUAGUAGUCAACAAAGCACCAGCAGACACCGACGCACCCGCAACCACAUCCAGACCUUCUACUUUGUCAGACAAAGAGUUAUUAUGGAAUCGGAUUUGCGAAGCCAAAGCAGCUAACGACGAGACAAAUGCAGAAUUUUUGCUCAGAAUCUAUCUAGCAUUACCCAAAGAAGAGUCAACGGGCAACCCUAAUCUCACCGUACCUACGGUCCAUCGCUCUAACUCGGCAGCAGCUGCUUUACCUACGCAAAAGCAAAACUCAGAAAAAACCCUUAAAUUUAUCAGAGGCUCUGUACCGAACCAUUUCGACAUCGGUUUCACACCAUUCUUCGACAAAAACAUUAGGGAAUUUAGAGGCCCUUUACCCCUUACCAUUUUCGAUAAAGAGUGGCAAGAAGAAGCCGUAUCAUUCCACUCGGGGAAGAGAUCGAAGACAGACGAAAAAGAUGGAGUGUACACUGGCUAUGAGUACCCAAAUGAAUGGACUCAAUCCUUCAGCGCGUGGACCAACAACUUCCGCAGCUUCUUAAUCACCUAUAGAGACAUUUACAAAAUAACCGAAUUUGCAGACUGGAUCGUCGAACACAAAUCCAAUGUCGAUGAGAUCAUUGCAGCAGACGGCUUCUUAACCGGAUUCCGCUACGAUAUGAUAGUCAGAGCGAACGCUUUCGCGUAUAGGGUAGAAACCGACAGAGGGGCUUCAGUAGUUGACAUCUCGGUCAUGAGGAAAGAAGUACGUGAGAAAGCUUGGGCGACCACUAGAAAAUUAGAAGAACUUGAUUUCACAGACAACCCUUAUGCUCAAGGAGGUGUCAAAUUCGGCUUCGAUCCAAAAACGGGACGGCCAAAGUUGUCUAAAGGGCACAAAUCAACUUCAGAUGUCAACUCCUUUGGACCACCGAGCUCGCACGAAAGAGGUGGCUAUAGAGGGGGCGCAUCUAGAGGUAGGGGAGGCUAUAGAGGCAGAAACCUCGGUCCAAACGACUACAACGAUCAGUACUUCGAAGACCGGCGCGAUGGUCGCCAAUCCUUCAGCCAAUCUUUCGGCAAUGAAGAAAACAGAACAUGGGGAUCCAGACGGUCAGAAAGUCAACAUAACAACAGAUUCUCCAGCAACCCAUAUAAUCAACAAGAAGAGAGAUCCAGAGGCAACAUGGGUAGCCAACGAGCGGCUGUUUCGCGUAAUCAAUCAAGCAAAAAAGACUCCAAAGAUGGGAAAGAGUUGUAG